AUGCGCAGCAGCCUUGGCCGCAGGCGGCCGGAGCCCGGGAGCCGCCGCCGGAGCCGGGCCGGGCCCCGCCGCCGCCAUGGCUCUGGUGACCCUGCAGCGCUCGCCCACGCCCAGCGCCGCCUCCUCCGCCAGCACCAGCGAGCUGGAGGUUGGCAGCGAUGAGGAUCGCAAGUUCAAUGUGAGCCUAAGCGAGAGCUUUUUCAUGGUGAAAGGGGCGGCGCUUUUCUUACAACAAGGGAACAGCUCACAAGGCCAGCGGAGUCUGCAGCACCUUCACAAGCAUGCAGGUGACUUGCCCCAGCACCUCCAGGUGAUGAUCAACCUUCUUCGCUGUGAGGACAGAAUCAAACUGGCCGUGCGUUUGGAAAGCGUGUGGACAGACCGUGUCAGGUACAUGGUGGUCGUGUACAGCAGCGGGCGACAAGACACAGAGGAAAACAUUUUACUGGGCGUGGACUUCUCCAGCAAGGAGAGUAAAAGCUGCACCAUUGGGAUGGUCCUGCGGCUGUGGAGUGAUACCAAGAUCCAUCUUGAUGGGGAUGGUGGAUUUAGCGUUAGCACUGCCGGGAGGAUGCACAUCUUCAAACCAGUUUCCGUGCAGGCCAUGUGGUCUGCGCUGCAGAUCCUCCACAAAGCCUGCGAGGUGGCCCGGAGGUACAACUACUUCCCAGGCGGUAUGGCCCUGGUCUGGGCCACGUACUACGAGAGCUGCAUUGGCUCCGACCAGAGCUGCAUCAAUGAGUGGAACGCGAUGCAGGACCUGGAGUCAACGCGCCCCGAUUCCCCGGCGCUGUUUGUCGACAUGCCAACUGAGAGGGAGAGGACAGAGCGGCUCAUUAAAGCCAAACUCCGAAGUAUCAUGAUGAGCAAAGACCUGGAAAAUGUGACCUCCAAGGAAAUCCGGAACGAGCUGGAGAAGCAUAUGAAUUGCAACUUGAAGGAAUUCAAGGAGUUUAUAGAUAACGAAAUGCUGCUCAUCCUGGGGCAGAUGGACAAGCCCUCUCUGAUUUUCGACCAUCUGUACCUGGGAUCAGAAUGGAACGCCUCCAACCUAGAAGAGCUGCAGGGCUCAGGCAUUGACUACAUUUUAAACGUGACGCGGGAAAUCGAUAACUUCUUCCCUGGGCUGUUUGCCUAUCACAAUAUCAGAGUGUACGACGAGGAGACGACCGAUCUCCUUGCCCACUGGAAUGAGGCGUAUCAUUUUAUCAACAAGGCCAAGAAAAAUCGCUCCAAGUGUCUGGUGCACUGCAAAAUGGGUGUGAGUCGGUCUGCUUCUACAGUCAUAGCUUAUGCAAUGAAGGAAUUUGGCUGGUCCUUGGAAAAAGCCUACAAUUAUGUCAAGCAAAAACGCAGCAUUGCAAGACCAAAUGCGGGUUUCAUGAGACAGCUGUCAGAGUACGAAGGCAUUUUAGAUGCAAGCAAACAACGCCACAACAAGCUGUGGAAGCAGCAGGCAGAGAGCAACCUGCCACCGAGCACGGACGGCUCCCCAGGGUCCAGUGCCUUCCUGCUUGAAAGCCUGGACAUCGAUCUGGAAAACCGGCUGGUUGACCUGGACGCGCCUCUGUCGUCCACCUACUUGGACAACCGAGGCAGCAUAGAGGCUGGGGAGCUCAGCUACUGCUUCCGGCGCCUCUCUGACACGCUGCUGGAGAACAAGCAGCCUGGUGACAGGGCGGGGCUUUUCCAGGUGGAGGACCUGGAGCGGGAUGCCAUUUCGGAGCAGGUGGAGUCACCCGCAGGCCAGCCUCCUCCUCCAGCACCUCCUGCAGAUCCCAUGAAGGCCAAGGAGAGCAUGGAACCGUUGGCUGAGCUGAGCGGGUUCUGUGAGAAGGAAGUGAAGAAGAAACUGGAGCUGGGCGUCCAGAAGGCUUGGAACGCUCCCGGGCAAGUGGAUGGCGGGGAAGGGAGCCCCCGGGAGGAAAACCCCACGGAGAGGUGGAAGAGGCGCUUGUCCGUGCACAGGGAAGAAAGCCGGCUCAACAGAGAGAACUUAAAUAACAACAACAGCAAGCGGAGCUGCCCGGAGGAUUUUGAGGUGGGGGGAAAGGGGACGCUGAUUGAUUGGAAUGAACAGCACGAGGAAGAAACCAUAACGCAUGGCUUGGAAGAGGACUUUGUGCGUGUGGAUUGCCUACUGCUCCUCUGACCCACACUUCCCAGGACUGUUUGCCAAGUAUAAUAAUGUUGCAAUUAUAUAUGUGUAUAUAAAAUGCUGAAAAUUUCUGUUUGAAAGUCUCAACAAAAGAACUGAUCACAGCAUUUUAUUUUAUUUUUGUGUGCACAAAGCAAACAUAGCACAAGUCUUUCGUUCCAACAGCACUUGCGGAGGACUCCAUAGAUGGUGACAUAAACACUACCUCUGUUCUGGUUGAUAUCUGGUCUCAGUUUAUUAUUUUUAGAACCUUUUCUUUUUCUUUGCAGGAUAUUUAACAUUUUUUUGAAAGGCAUUUGUGUGUGACAUGUACUGUAAAGACCCAAAUGAGUGUGGAGGGUGUAGGCUUCACUGCACUGAGUUCCUCCUCAUUAGGAAGUCAUGCAAAGGAGCGUGAAGCUGUGUUCGUGUUGACCAAGUGAUCUGCUGACCAGUCGGUCCCUGUGAGUUGUCCUAGUCCCGUAUUCAUAAUGGAGUGACAUCUAGGCUUGCGUGUUUUUGAACUUCAAAUGGAGAAGGUGUCUUGUUCUUCAGGUAUUAUUGCUGUUGUCGUGGUUUAUGACUGUCCCAGUAAUAAGAAUGAGCCUGGCCAGUAGGUGACCGUGACCCAUUGUGAGAUGUAUGUGAUGCUGGAGUCGGUGUUGUACUUGUGCUUUGGAGAACCUACUGCACUGAGCUGCUGCUGGCACGAGUGCAGAUUAGAUGAUUACUGACUUGCGUCCUGCUGUGACAGGCGGCAGCCAGGCUUACUGGUGUUCAAUGCAUUUGACAUAUAAGGAGGUAUUAGGCAAAUUUUGUUUAUUUAUAUAUAUAUAUAUAUAUAUAUAUAUAUAUAUAUAUAUAUAUAUAUAUAUAUAUAUAUAUAUUAUAUUUUUUGGUAGAACAGUUCCUGCAUCCUGGAGUUUACAGCAGUACUGCAAAGCAGCAGGGCUAGCUCAGGAAAGUGCAUGGUUGUCACCGAACUCGGAGGCCGUUUACAAACCUUUCUAGGCAAAAUCCAAGGGGGCUAUUUAUUGUGAUGGUGGUGGGGCUGCGUGGAAGGGAGCGUGCCCUCGCUCCUGUUCUGUGUCAGUAGCGCACAGCAUAGGGGCUGCCCAAGCUGAGCAGCCUCCUCCCAAUCGCUCUGAAAAUCUUCGGUUCUGCUCUCAGAUGCUGCUCCCUUGGGCUAUGCUGGUCUCACGUUGUCCUUCCAACGGCAGAGGUUGGGGCAAAGGCCAGGACAGGGGGAGUUUUACUAACCUCACCUCAGUGGACUAUUGCAAUAACUCAGAGAGGAUAAGCCAAAAGCUAGAACAGUGUCCCAAGCCUUUAACAAGCAUUCACUCUUCCACGUGGUGCUGCUAGCUUCGCCUGCUGACACAAAGGCAUUGCAGCCUCAGUCCUGGCCCUGCAAACUCAUUAGCUCCAGCAGUACAGGACCCGGCCCCUGGCUGUACAGCUCCUUCCUUCACCUGCUGCUGAGGCCUGCUGUCCAUCACAAGUGUCGAGACUGCCCUGAAAUUCUGUUCCUGUUUGGGUCUUCUUCCAGUUCCCAGUGAAGCACUUGAGUCGGAGGACGUUGGGAUGCAGUGCUGCAAAUUAAUGUGAAAAUGGGGCUGACCACAGUGAGUUAAACAAGUGAGAUAUCUGGAGGGACCCAUCUGUGCCUGAGUUCAAUGUCCCUCAGCAAAGGGGCGAUGACACGUCCGUAGCUGCCAUGGUGCUCCUUAGAGCGCCGCCAAGAACCAAGGUCCCAUCCACAUGUUCUUGCUCGAAGCCAGAAAUAAGGCAAGGUGUGACCGCUGGCAGAGUUGUCGGGAGCAUCGUGGCAGUGGUGCAGAUGCACCCUUACCAUGUCACGGCCCAUUGCAGAUCCAGUCCAGAUCAAUAUUUUGGUACGCCAGUCCUCUCGCGCUGCUCCAAUGGCAGCAGACUACAACGGUGUAGUUGACCACGGAUGCUGCGUUCGGUACAAUCAUCUUUCCAGCCUGCUGUGGAAAAGUCUGCUCUUAAAAGACACCAUCGUGCUCUGUAUUUUUGCCAAAUUCAGAGAAAAAAAUGUUGUGAAGCACCUAAGUCGCGGGUUCCAAAAUGCCUCAGUCGCUGCAGCUUCUCAGACUCGUUGCAAGUCAUUUGGACAUGAACUCUUGGGUGACUUACAUGCUUCUGAAAAUUAGUCUAGGGUAGCAUUUUAAAAAAGGCCUAAAUCCUAUGUCCUAGGUUAACUUUGGUGUCAAACCGACGCAUCUCUCGUACUAUGCAGUUUUAGUGGCCAGGUGGGUGUGAGCCAGAACUGUACUUUAAGCGUUUCCAUGUGAAAGCUGUUUUUGCCGACACUGCACGCCCAUCCUUAGCUCACGGCCGCUUUGCCGUUUCACACAGGGAAGGUUGUUUCACGUUAGCAAAGCAAAAAAGCAUCACCAGCAAGCGGCACUCUGAGGGUCUUUUGGGGGUGUGAAACAUUGGGUUCAAACUUAUCCUGGUAUUGGAGAAAACUCUCGUGGCUCAGAGAGUUGGACUCUCCCUUAGCUGCUCCGUGCUGUCAUUUGCUGGCUACAGAUCUUCAGCUGUGCGUUUUGCACAGGCAUGUCUCUCGAUGCUGUGGUUGCCAUAGUUUUUUGCAUUGAGUGACUUAAUUGAACUGUUGUUUCUGUGACGUGUUUCUGAAGUCAGUGCUGACCAGUUCAGUCCGCUACACUGUGAAUUCCCUGGCGCAUAUACCCGCCGUCUCCCACCCCAGUGAAGACAUUUCCAUUUCACUUUAUCUGGGCUUGAGGGUAGAUCAGAAAUAUCAGCACGGUUAUAUGCCUAAUGUUCAGGUACCGUGGGUGCAUUUCUAGGUCCCAACACGUGUCGUAGAUUUUUAUCAUCUUACUAUGUUUGUUCGCACCUAGGUGAAAAAUGGAUUGGAGGGAUUAGGGGAUGGCGGUGGGCACAAAGGAGACAGCUCGCCAGGUACUUGACGUCUGCCAGAGUUUCUUCAGAGCCUGUUAGCCCAUGUGAAGUGGCUCAUACUGAAAGUAUUUAUGUUGUCAGCACGUUCACCAGCUCCCCCAGAGUCCAAGUAUUGUGCUUGAGGCUUGAACACAGCACAACAGCUGGGAUACAAUGGGAGCCAUGAGAGUUGGUUGCACAGUUGUUCGAGUUUUGCAAAUCACUGACACAUUCCUUCUUUGCUACGGGGAGGUCUUUCUUCAGACAGCUCCCUUUCCCAUGCGACACAGGCAAGCCCUGUCAUCUUUUGCCCAAGCCUGUGGCAUUGGAGGACAGAUUCUAGCCUUUUUUGCAUUAUGUUUAAUGCGUCUCUUCCCAUAUCCUGUUUCUCUAUUUUGUUUCUGCCCUCUUCACCCAAAUAACCCUCAAGGGUCCUUAAAUAGUGCCAUGCUCGAAGAACAAGUGGGCUAGGACUGCCCUGUUUUCAGCGGGUCUGCUUGAGAUGGUACACUGUGGGGAUGCGCACACCCCAUCCUCCGCAUUGCUAGGGCAGGGACCGUCCGCUAGGGAGUAAGAGCGCGUUGCAGUGUAGCGCGAUACGUUGCAGCACAGCGGACGACGUCCCACUGCAGAGUUUGUUCCCAACCGUGCCGUUGGCUGACUGACCCACUGUCGCUCUUAUGAGACGAGGAGCUUAGACCUGAAGCCCCAAGGAUUUCUAAGACACGAGUGAAUAUAGUGUUUCCUUCCUGUUUUCUUCUUGGGUGCCUGCCAAAUUCGACUGCUCCUUCUCCUUGACUUCUCCCAUUGACUGCUCUUCCCAGGUGGUGAUUUGAACUCAACCGUCUGGUUGCCCAUGGCUGUGCCACCACUUCCACAACAUUGCUCAUCAAGCUUGAAACCCCAUUGCUGCUGAGUGCGAUGCUAUACUGUCAGGAUUAGAGAGGUAGCUAGUUCGUUUCCUUUCGUUUUCUUUUUAAAGCCAUUUUAUGCAUAGAGGGCCCUAGCAUGCCAUUCCAGAGUUGUUGCAGCCAAAAGAUGCAAUGCCUGCCGGCUGCAUUAGACUUGUUGCAUGAGAAGUUAGCUGUUUCCUUUCCCUCCCGUGUAUUGUAACUGUUCUUUUCCAAUUGAGUGCCUUAAUAAUAGUUUACAUAUACCGUAUCUUUCUGCCGAGCUGUCAGACUCUGCUGCUUCGCUGUUGUUCUGGUGCUGUGGUGUCUUUAGUGGCAGUCAGACCGUGACUACUUGCGUGUACCUUCCCUGCGUGACGCCUGUCAUCCCUGAGCUCAGAGCCACUAACGGAUUCGCCUUCCCUAUAGCGGGGUGUACGAGCAGACAGAUCCCAGUCCCUGUUGCCCCAUCCUUGUUUUGAUGUAUCUAUGCAUAGCUGCCGAAAGCACAGGCCGGGGUGUGGGGCUUGACGAGACGUUCCAAAGACGGAAGGCCAUCGUUCCUCGGGGGCAGCCAAGGCGCGCCCCAACGUCAGAUCCGAAAUGCACAAACUGGCACCUUAUUUCCAGCCUAUGCUUCUUUUCUUUCCUUUUUUUUUGGUCAUCGUCAUCAUUCCAUGUUUUAGAGAGUGCCUCAUCUUGGCCUCGUGCGUUCUUUAAUUCAAUGAUGUCUCCGUUCCCAUUCCAAAUGUCGGCCUGUUCUCCUCACCCAAGGGUGGACUCGGCUCCCCAGCUAGUGCCCUCAUUAGGCAAACUCCAGACGUGAAAGGGCAGACGACUGCCGCGUCGCUGUUUCAGUGCAUUGCUGUACUCUGACGGUAUCCACGUUCCUUUUGUUCUGGUGUAUUUCUUAAGUCUGGUUUUUAUAUAUUUAAAUAUGCAGUAUCUUUUGUACUGUACCUUUGCAGUAGGGGAUGCAUAAUGCACUUUUUUUUUUACUUUGGUUUGUAAAAGUGUACUGUAUAUUUUAUGUGCUUCUUGUGAGAAAAAUAAACUUGUUUUUUUUUUUCUUUA